GGCGGCUCCUCCGUGUCGCCGAGCGUGUCGUACACGGACGCCCGCCCCGCCGACAGCAGCCGCCGCACCCCAUCGGCUUCGCCUCGCACGAUGUAGCGGAACAGCGUCUCGGAGCCCGUGUUGAUCGUGUCCCAGUGCAGCCGGUUGUGCAUGCGCACGUUGAGCUGCGGGCUGCCAUUGAGGUUACUCGACAGGAACACGGACAGGGCGGCUCGGACGACCCAGUCUGGGAACCGGUACACCAGCCGCAGGUCGCGGAACCCUCCUGCGGCCGCCUGCUCCUGACUCGCCCCGGGCCCCCGGCACCGGCUGCUGGUGCACGCGCCUUGGCCGCCGCCGUUGCGCGACGCGUACGUCAUUGUGAUGGCCCCCAGGACCGACCGCAGCGACGUCAUGCGCCACGAGUAGCUGCUGACCGAGUGGCAGCGGCAGCGGCAGCUAGCCUCGCACUGGUUUCCCCCCUGCUCUCGCCCAGACGCAAUGCGGCCGCUACGGGGCGACGGCACCAUGUGGCGGACGAAGGACGUCCAGGCGGCGCCGUCGCCGCCCUGCAGCAACGCACUUGCAUCCCUGCCGUUCUUGUUCCUAGCCUUUACCUCUGUGCAAUAUUCCUCUCCGUCCACCACCAGAGACGGCGCCUUGCCCAGCCGGCGCUCUAGGUGGGCGAUGAUGGUGUGCUGCGAGAUCUGCAGCGCCUCGCCCAGCCGCGACACGGUCUCGUCCUGCGCCGCCUGGAUCCGCUCCGCCGUGUACGACAUGAUGGUCGCCGACGUCGCCUGCAGGUCGCCGCGCAGCUGGUACGCGAGCGCCGCGUGCGACCGCUCGAGCGUCGUGACCAUCUCGGCGGAUACCGAUCUGCGAGCGUGUCAGCUGAGUGGCUGCGUAGGGGCGGUUGUGGGUGUGGGUGUUUACACGUUCUGCACAAUGAGCAGCCGGCACACGCUCGUCACAAUGUCGCCCAGCUCCUUGCGAAGCUUGGAGAUCUUGCGCGCGUUGGCCAUCCAGAUGAUGCGCCGCCGCUUGCCGAGGUCGCGCAGCGACAAGGAAGGGGACUCGCUCGCUUUGACGAUAUCGUGCUUGAUGCUAUCGAACUUCGAGUCGCUCUGGUUGUUGCUGCCGCGCGCCAGGCUGUCGACCACCCCUUCGAUGACGCGCAGAACUGACGCACCCUUGUCUAGCAGCCGCUGUAGAUCGCGCUGAGAGGAAGAAUCAGCGGCAGCAUCGCCUUCAUACGCUGCCACCCCCGAGCCUUUCGUGUGCUGCUGCUGCUGCUGCUGCUGC